UCUUUUUCCUUGGCGGUGGGCAGGACUUCCGCUGUGGCCGUGAAGCGGACGGAGGGCGCCAUGGAGUCGGCCUAGGCGCGGCUCUCGGCUCCCCGCGCCGGGCCCUGUGCCGGGCCCGCAGGUGCUAAAUAAAAUAUGCUGUUGUCAAUAGGAAUGCUGAUGUUGUCUGCCACUCAGAUAUACACUAUUCUGACUGUUCAGUUAUUUGCGUUUCUGAAUCUUUUACCUGUGGAGGCAGAUAUUUUAGCCUAUAAUCUUGAAAAUGGAACCCAGACCUUUGAUGACCUGCCUGCUAGAUUUGGCUACAGACUGCCAGCAGAAGGAUUGAAGGGAUUCCUAAUAAAUUCAAAACCAGAGAAUGCAUGUGAGCCUAUAGCCCCACCUCCACUGAGAGACAAUUCAUCCAGUGCUUUUAUUGUGUUAAUUCGAAGGCUUGAGUGCAACUUUGAUAUUAAGGUUUUAAAUGCACAAAGAGCUGGAUACAAGGCAGCUAUAGUUCACAAUGUUGAUUCUGAUGACCUCAUAAGCAUGGGAUCCAACGACAUUGAGGUUUUAAAGAAGAUUGACAUUCCUUCUGUCUUUAUUGGUGAGACGUCAGCUAAUUCUCUUAAAGAAGAAUUUACUUAUGAAAAGGGUGGCCAUGUUGUGUUAAUUCCAGAGUUCAGUCUUCCUUUGGAGUACUACUUAAUCCCUUUCUUAAUAAUAGUAGGGAUUUGUCUUAUUCUCAUUGUCAUAUUUAUGAUAACAAAAUUUGUGCAAGAUAGACACAGAGCGAGAAGGAAUCGGCUUAGGAAGGAUCAGCUUAAGAAAAUUCCUGUACAUAAAUUUAAGAAAGGAGAUGAAUACGAUGUAUGUGCCAUUUGUCUGGAUGAAUAUGAGGAUGGAGACAAGCUCAGAAUCCUUCCAUGUUCUCAUGCAUAUCACUGCAAGUGUGUGGAUCCGUGGCUGACAAAAACAAAAAAAACGUGUCCUGUAUGUAAGCAGAAAGUGGUCCCUUCUCAGGGGGACUCUGACUCUGAAACAGACAGUAGUCAAGAAGAGAAUGAAGUGUCUGAAAACACUCCCUUGCUUAGACCAUUAGCCUCAGUUAGUACUCAGUCAUUUGGGGCUCUGUCAGAAUCUCAUUCCCAUCAGAACAUGACUGAGUCCUCAGAAUAUGAGGAAGAUGACAAUGACAAUAUUGAUAGCAGUGAUGCAGAAAAUGGAACAAACGAAGAAAGUGUAGUGGUCCAACUGCAGCCCAAUGAUGAAAGGGAGUACAGAGUGGCAAAUACUGUCUAAGACUACUAAUGAUGAAUAGUGUACGAUCAAAAACAUUCUGAAGGCUAUACUUCACAAACCUUUACAUAGGGAGUAUCUUUUAAUCUCUAAUCCAUUUGGUUUCUUCAAUAGGAGCAGCAGUUCAUGUAGUAGUACUAUGGUUAAAUCAUUAGAGAUUUAUUUCUGACACAGGUAUUCAGUCAUGCAUUCUGUCUUUUCAAAAUGAACAGUUUAACUGGACUUCACAAUGCUAAUAAUUAAUGUUAAUAGUUUAUAUCAAUAGAAAUAUCACAGACUCUAAAUGUAUCUUGUUGAAAGGGGGUUUAUCUGGAAGUAAUUUUUUUUCCAUUUUGCAGCUACAACCGGGUCAUACUGAUAGCAAUAUUUAUUACAUGUAUGUGUUACCCCUUAAGCCCAACAGAACAAUGUAUUUGCAUGUUUGUGUAGAGUUUUCCUAAAAACUGUCACCACUUCUGAAAGAAAAGUGUAGAACAGAUUGAUAUUCUAUAUGGUGGCAGUAUCAAAACAAAGCAGAAGAAAUUCCACUUUUAUCUCAAAGCAGAUUCCAAACUGUGGAAUCUGCCAAAGUAGCUGAGUUUAAACAGUUCCAUUGAGCAAUUCCCAGCAUAAGGAAACUUAGAAUAUAUGUUUAGUUUUGAGAAAUUCACAAGAUAAGAUCUGCCAUAAAUAAUUAGCUAUCCCUACCUGCUACUGUGAUGUAGUCUGGUUUCCAGUGUUGGGGUGGGCGGGGAGAAGAAAAGGGGCUGGCCAGAACAGAGGUUUUGUUCCACAUAAAAAAAUAAUUUAGGUAAGUAUUCUGUUGAUCCUCAACUCAUAUACCUCUUACUAAAGAGCAUUUUAUGCUGCAUUAGUCUGCUAAACUAUGUAUAUAUGAAAGAAAAAUUCUUUUUGAAUACCUGAUUUGAAAACAAGUGCUUAUAACUGUUUAACAGAACUCAGUACUUACCAGUGUAUCAUGAAAAAAGUAAAUGUUAUAUAAUACCUCUGUAACUAUGUAGAAAGUAAAAACCACACGUAUACUCAAAAUGCAGAGAUUUUUUUACAUGGCCUUGAAUAAGGAAAGCUUGAAAGAAUGUUAAUAAACAUGUUUUUCACUUUAA